AUGACGCAGACGUGGCCUUGGCUUGCUAGUCACUCCAGAGUCAGGCAGCUGAGGGAGUUGCACUACCUGGGGGUCUCCACCCCGGCUGCACAACAGAAUCACCUGGGGAGCUUUACAGAAGACCUCGGCCCACCGCCAGAGAUUCCCACUGAACAAAAACGGCACACUUGGGACUCCCCUGAAAAGGAGGUGAAUGCUUCCAGCCCUGAUGAGAUGAUGCCCGGGAAAGGGCCUUGUCAGCAGGGCAGCUCCGACAGUGUACGGGAGGUGCCGUGCCAGAUCCGCCAUUGCUGGAUGAAUCCUGGCACCUUUCCCAGCCUCAGUUUUCUCAAAGUGGAGCUCCGGAUGCCCGAGACACUCAGAACCCAGGUAACCGAGGGCGGGACACCCCCGCGGCACGCGUCCUCCGGCCUCCCUGUCCAAGCGCACCCCGCCUCGGCGGCCGCCCCCCAGGCUCCCCGGAGCCCGCCGGCCGCUCCCCGGGCGGUCCUUGGAAAGUUUGCGCCCGGAGUGCCGUGCACUGGACGGCGGCGAAAUGCAGCCACUUUUGCCCUCGCGCCCUCCGCCCGGGAGCCGAUGCGGUGGGGUGGCCGCUGCCGGUGCAUGGGGUCUCCGCUGAGAUCGGUCACAGCCCAGCGGGGCAUCCUCGGCUCCCCCAGCACUCCUCGAGAUGAGCACUGGGGAGAGAGGCUCGGCUUCAAGAUGCUGAGCCUGAAGCUCCCCAGGCUGUUCAGCAUAGAACAGGUGCCCCAGGUGUUCCAUGAGCAGGGCAUCCUCUUCGGCUACCGACAUCCACAGAGUUCUGCCACGGCCUGUCUCCUCAGCCUUUUCCAAAUGACCAAUGAGACCCUCAACAUCUGGACGCACUUGCUGCCCUUCUGGUUCUUCAUGUGGAGGUUCGUGAGCACCCUGCGUGUGACGGACGUCCUGAAUGACAGCUACUCCUGGCCUCUGCUCGUGUACAUGGGCGCCAGCUGUGUGUACCCCCUCGCGUCCAGCUGUGCACACACCUUCAGCUCCAUGUCCAGGAACGCCCGGCAUAUCUGCUAUUUCCUGGACUACGGCGCCGUCAACCUCUUCAGCCUGGGCUCGGCCAUUGCCUACUCUGCCUAUGUGUUCCCGGACGCGCUGGUGAACACCGUCUUCCACGACUACUACGUGGCCCUGGCUGUGCUGAACACCAUCAUUAGCACCGGCCUCUCCUGCUAUUCCAGGUUUCUUGAGGUCCAGAAGCCCAGGCUCUGUAAGAUGCUUCGUGUCCUGGCCUUCGCUUAUCCCUACACCUGGGACUCCCUUCCCAUCUUCUCUAGGCUAUUCCUAUUCCCCGGGGAGAGUGCACAGAACGAAGCCACCUUGUACCACCAGAAGCACAUGGCCGUGACCCUCCUGGCCUCUUUCCUCUACUCCGCGCAUCUGCCGGAGCGCCUGGCUCCUGGACGCUUCGACUACAUUGGUCAUAGUCACCAGCUGUUUCAUGUGUGUGUGAUCCUAGCCACACACAUGCAGAUGGAAGCCAUCCUUCUGGACAAGACUCUAAGGAAGGAAUGGCUCCUGGCCCACUCCAGGCCCCUGUUGUUCUCUCAGAUAGCCGGAGCCAUACUUCUGUGCCUCAUCUUCAGCCUCAGCAACAUAAUUUAUUUCUCAGCUGCUCUGUAUCGGAUUCCUGAGCCAGAAUUACACAAAAAAGAAACAUAA